CCUUUUAGCUGACCGCCGGCCUCUCUCUCUGUCUCUCUCUGUCUUUGGAGCCCGAGAGAGAUGUAUGGAGAGGGAUUUGUGUGAGUCCAGUCAGUGAGUGAAGGAGUCCAUUCUUCUCACAUCUGGUGAUUUUUCUUGGAAUUUUCUUGUUGGAUUAUCCAUCCGCCAAAGCUUUGAUCGCUGAAACGGCGUCCUUGAGAGGGAGAGGGAUGCUAGGGGGCCCUGGGCCUGGGACCGUGGUGGACGUCGGAGGUAUCGCGAGCCGAUUCUGGAUCAAGGUCCGGACCCACUCCGUCUUCGUUCUCUACACGCCCUUCUUCGUUUGCUUGGCCUCUGGUCACCUUGACUCCGAUGCUUUCCGCCGUUGCAUCUCUCAGGACGUCCAUUUCCUCAAAGCCUUCGCUCAGGCGUACGAAAUGGCUGAGGAUUGCGCGGACGAUGAUGACGACAAGAGCGGAAUUCGCGACUUGAGGAAACGGGUGGUGCAGAGGAUCAAAACGCACGAUGCUCUUGUCCGAGAAUGGGGCUUUGAACUCCCAGAUGAGAGCAUUUCAAACAAUGCAACAGUCAAAUACACAGAUUUCUUAAUGGCAGCAGCCUCAGGGAGAGUUGAAGGAGAAAAAGUUCCUGGUAAAAUUGCUACUCCCUUUGAGAGGACAAAAGUUGCUGCUUAUAUUCUUGGUGCUAUGGCGCCUUGUAUGAGACUCUAUUCCUCUAUAAGUAGAGAGAUACAGGCUCUUCUAGUUCCAGAUGAUAGAAGUCACAUUUACAAGAAAUGGAUUGACAGUUAUUCUUCUCAAAAUUUUGAGGAAUUUGCUUUUCAAAUUGAAGACAUGCUGGAUAAACUAAGCAUCUCUUUGACGGGUGAAGAGCUUGAGGUCAUAGAGAAACUUUAUCAUCAAGCUAUGAAAUUAGAAGCAGAUUUUUUUGCUACUCAACCAAUUUCUCAGCAAACCAUAGUCCCUUUGGCUCGUGUGCUUGAUCCUGCAGAACAUAGUCUUACCAUAUUUUGUGACUUUGACAUAGCAUGCACUGCUUUUGAUUCCUCUGCUAUAUUGGCAGAGAUUGCAAUCAUAACAGCAUCGAAGUUUGACUUGGAUGGAUCUGAAACCCAAAUUGCUCGAAUGUCAUCAGCAGACUUGAGGAGCACAUGGAAUUUUCUUUCCACCCAGUAUGCUGAAGAGUUUGAGCACUGUAUGGAAAGUAUCGUGGAUGGCAGACAAGUAGGAAAACUUGACUAUGAAGGUCUGCGUAAUGCCCUUGAACAUGUUGCGGAGUUUGAAAAAAGAGCAAAUACACAGGUGAUUAACUCAGGAGUACUUAAAGGCUUACAUUUAGAGGAUAUAAAACGGGCUGGUCAGCGUCUAAUUCUUCAGGAAGGUUGUAGAGAGUUCUUUCAGAAGAUUGUGACAAAUGAUACUCUGAAAACUGAAUUUCAUAUACUUUCAUACUGCUGGUGCGGUGAUUUCAUUAGGUCAGCUUUUUCAUCAGGGGGUCUAGAUGAAUUAAAAGUACAUUCAAAUGAGCUUACUUAUGAAGAAUCUGUGACAACGGGUGACAUUGUUAGGAAGGUGGAGUCUCCCAUGGAAAAGCUUCAAACCUUCAAUGACAUCCUAAAUGAGUGCAACAAAGAAGGCAGGCAGUUGACAGUAUACAUCGGAGGUGCGGUGGGUGACCUACUUUGCCUGCUUCAAGCAGAUAUAGGCAUUGUGAUUAGUUCAACUCCAAGCCUGAGGAGACUGGGAGAUCAGUUUGGUGUUACUUUUGUCCCAUUGUUCUCUGGUUUGGUGACGAAACAGAGAGAACUAGUUGAAGAUGGCUCCUGUGAUUGGAAAGGGCUAUCUGGCAUUCUUUAUACAGUUUCAAGUUGGGAUGAGAUACAUGCGUUCAUUUUAGGGUCGUGAGCACCUCAUUUAGUUGGGAGUGUCUUCUUAUUGUUAAGACAAUUUCCUAAGGGUAAUUUAUUACGCAUUAGGAUAUGUAUAUAGUUCAAAAUCAAAUGGUGGCUACUUAAUCCAAAGGACCACAGGUCGGCCCUUAAAUCUUUUUUUUCCUUCAGGGUCUACCACCCAUAAAAAUACAGAAGUUUUACUAGUGGGGAAGAAAAACCGAAUACUAGGUAUAGUCAGACUCGAACAAUCUUUGUUCAUUUCAUUGAUUUCCUGUAUUCAUCUCCAGCUUGUCUUCAAUAUUAGUCGUUGUAUGACUUUGAUGUUUCAAACUUGUUCAUCAUGAUAAAAUUUAAGUGGCAACUUUCUCAGUCA